CGAUGAUGACCUUCCGAGCAGCUGGUACGUUUGGUGUUGGAAGCGCCCGCCAUCUUAAGGGAAGUGACAAAGGUUGUGUCGGGUGGUCUUCCUCUCUACCCCUGCCAUGGCCCUUCUGUAGCCGCCCCACCGUCACCCUGGCCGCGGCGCCCUAGGCACAAUGACAGGGGAAGAGGGUGGCAGCGGGUCUGGGGCGAGUGUGUCGGCCAUGUGUCUGGUGUGUGGCACCAACCAGGCCAACCUCACCCAGCACCUGUCACGCCACAGCAAGGAGGAGAUCAUCCGGGCUGUUACCCAUGGCCGGCCACUAUAUGAACUGGCCAACCGAAGGCCAGGGCCAGGCCGUCCCCGGAAGUUUACCUUCCCACCGGCACCUCUGGCUACUGUGGCACCUAUCUCUCUGCGCCCAACCACUAGCCAGCCACAGCUGCUGCUGGCCGGCAGCCAACCCCAACCACCCCCAGUGGCAGCCACUAUCACCCCUGCCCCACAGAUUACACCGACACCCCAGCCCACAACCUCGCAGCCCGUCAGGCUCAGCUCCAUCGGGCCCCUGAUUCAGUCCCCCCGAAAUGGCAUGCCCUUGCCCCCCAGUGCUGUGCAGCCCAGCACUCCAGCUCCAGCAGGGAAUUACCUCCUCAUCGGCAACAACAUGUUUCCCACAAGCAGUGUAAUAUCCAACAACCUGCAGCUGGGGAGUAGUGGGGUAAGCUACAUCAUCCCUAGCUCAGGGGGAUUGGUGCUGGCUGCCACUGCCCCUUCCACCAGCCAGACCCUUCUGGUGCAGCCUCCCAAUGCUGCUCCCCCUCCACCUCUAACUGUUAAGCAGACCCCACCAGCUGCUCCCAUGGCUACGUUGCCAGGUGGCCUCUACAAUGGUGCGGCAUGUAGGCCGCCACGCCCCUUGCAGUCUGAUGGCCCUUUAUGCAUGUUUGAGGGCCCAGCUGCCCCAGUACAAAAUGAGGCCCAUACCCUGGCUACAGGUACCAUGUGGCAGAAACCACCUGUCAGCGAAGCACACACGGCAGGCAUUAGUGGGAGCAACGUGAGGGCAAGAGGUGAAGGUGCUGUCGAGUCCCACCGAGCCACCAUAAACAUCGGCAAAAACAUUAGCAUUUCCCUUCCCCGGGAGCUGGUGGGCCAGAAGGAGAAGCUAAAGGACAUCAUCAACCAGGAGCUGUUUCGUGCCCUGCUUAUGAAUGAGGCCAAGAAGAAUCGCAACCAAGAUGCCAGCCAACCUUCCACCAGCUCUGGCCCCAGGAAGACUGUCUACUUCCCUAAGAUGGAGGAUGAUGACGUAGAUGAGAAGGACAUCAGUGUUGGUCAGGAGUUCUGCCAAGAGGAUGACAGCACCAUAGGGUUGAGUGAGGACGAGCAGUAUUGUGGUGGCUCACAGGACGUAGACCCUUUGGCCUCUGACCCAUUGUCAGGGACACCUGAAUCAGGACACAGCCCAGCUGGCCCACUCAGUGACCCCAGUGAAUCAUCACCAGACGACAAUAUCAUGGAGAACAGCUUGAACGGAGCUUACAUCACGCCUGAUAAUGUAGGUUCUUACCGUGGCGAUAUACCUAUGGAGGUAAUUUUCAAUGAAAGGAAUCCUUGCACCCAAAUCUCAGACUGCCCUGGCCCCUCUAUUGUUGUUGGGCACAGUGAUAAAGCAUUUGACAGAGGCAAUGGCAGACUUCAGUUAAUGGUGACCAGUAGCCCUGAAGGAGGGGAAGGUAGACUGCAUGGCAAGCCAGGGAGGCAGGUUGAUGGAGCUGAGGCAGAAACCAUCGUGGGUAGCAGUAUUCCUGGGCCCCAAGACGAGAUGGUUCUGGGUGGGGCAGUUUCUACAAGCACACCAUCUAUGGGUCAGCUUGUUAAGAGGGACCAGAUGGGGGAAGGAGAGGAGCAGCCCAUGAGUUUUCUAGCAGCAGAUCGCACUCUGAACAGUCUACUAGGGUCAACAGGCCUGCAGGAGAUGGUCUAUGUUGAGGAGCAAGUACUUGGAGCUGUUGAGGAAGUCUUUUCUGGGGAUACUGCAACCUCAACAGCCUUAGCCACGCCCAGUACCAGCUCCUCUGAGAUUGGUGGCCAGAAGCUGCUGCAACGACGGCUCAGCACAUCUUGCAGUUCUGUUGUGGGGGAUCACAUGCAGCCACUACCAUCAACAUCCUACAGAGAAAAGACUCAGGACAAGCAAGAUGUAAAGUGCAAAUAUGAAGUGUCUGGUCCCCCAUGCCAGCCAAGCUCCAGUGUAGGGCGUAUGUUGACGACUGCAUACGAUUCCAGUCACAAGGACAAUUCUCAGGGCAGCAAGCAGGAUGUCAAGUGCAAGUAUGAGGUCGCUGGUCCUCCAUCUCAGUUGAGUACAAGUGUAGGCCGCAUGGUGACAGGGUACGAGUCAAACAACAGCCACCAGUACCACCAACAGCAGCAGGAAGAUGAUAUGGAGUUGGGAGACAAGCACUCCAUCAGCAAGGAGGAGGAAAUCAUGAGGCAGGAGGAGAUUGAUGAUGAGGAGGAGGAGCUGGUGGAUGACCCCAGCUUGGUGGUGGACAGCUUGACCGGGGGCACCAUCUUCCCUGAUGACCAGAUGUUUGAACGGGAGAUUGCUGGCCAGCAGGGAGAGGAGGUGAUGUCUCUCAAGGCCUCAGAGACUCUGGCUGACAGUGACAGUGAACGAGCCACCCCACACGAGGAACUGUCUGAUCUGAUGUUCUAUGAUCGGAGUUGCAUGUUUGCUGGGGAGCCAGGCCCAGCUAACUUGUCACCCCGGACCUACCCAGCCAUGGACUCCACAGCCUAUCACUCCCUUGCCCCGGCCAUGAUCUCACCCAUGGACUCAACAGUACAGAUGGAUCGGGCAGACUCUGGCACACUCUCCAGUUUGGGUGAGGGCAGCUCAGGGAGUGGAGUAGUGGAGCUAACUUCAGAAACUACCAUGCACAUCACCUCUGACCAGUGUUGUUCCAUCACACCACCAGAGGGUAUUGUCAUCAGCCAACUAUUCCCAGUCCCCUACAGUGAGGCCACCUGUAGUGUUGCAUCACUGUCCUCUGCCACAGUUACUGCCACCACCAGCAAGGCAUCAUUAUCCGGCUUCAUGGAGCACUCAAAGCAGAGCAACAAGAUCACAGUGUUGGAGAGCAGUUGCAGCAGCAGCAUUAUCAACAACACCAGCAUCAUCACUACCACUAGCAACAUCAACAGCAGCAGUGGCCUCACUCGGCAGCCGUCUCCUGUUCCAUCUACAUCUGGCCUUCAGGGACCAGCAGGUCAGAAAAUCACAAAGGAGGAGGAAGAAUAUGAGCUGGAGUAUGAAUCUGACUGCUACGGUGACAGUGACUCAGACUCAGGGGUGGCUAACCGCAGCCCACUUGACCUUGACCAUUGGAAGUGUCUUGUAUGUAACAAAAUGUUCAAGAGUCUCAAGGAGAAGCUGCUUCACGCUGGUCAGCACUCGCCAUGUGCUGAGGCCAUGGAGAAGUCUGGUGUCAUCAGGAGUGCCACACAAGUAAAGUCUCUGCAAGGUGAGGUGCACCGGGAUGCUGUGGAGAAGGCAGCAGCCAUGGUCCUCCUCCAGUGCAAGGAGGAGAUGAAUGCCCUCCAGGAGGAGACACGCAACAUGCUGGAAUCCUUUGCCUCCAAUGGAGAGUACAAGUGUCCCGAGUGUUCCCUGGGCUUUCCCUCACCGGAGAUGCUAUUUGAGCACCGCAAGGCUGUUUUUAAGUCGAGGGUGACCUGCCAGGUGUGUCACAUGGUGUUUAAGAAGCGGCAUGACAAGAUCAAGCACAUGAAGGCCCACACACUUGAUGAUCUCAAGUGCCUCAUUUGCAACCGCACGUAUCCCAAUCGUUACUCUUGGUCGCAGCAUCAGUUAUUCCACAUGGGCCUUGUGCUGUUUGAGUGCAAGGAAUGUGGACGUAGGUUCCAACGUAAGUCUGAGCUGGAGGUGCACAUGCGCACUCACACAGGAGAGCGUCCCUACAGCUGUGCCUCCUGCCAGAGUGCCUUCACCACCCGACAGGCACUCAAACGGCAUCUUGUCACCCACAUGGAUGGGCAGGAAGUGGACUGCGAUGUGUGCCACAAGACUUAUAAGAACAUAGUGUGCCUCAACAAGCACCGCCUCAAAGCUCACUCCAAGAACAAAGGCAAGUCCAAAGUGCGGCGGGACUACAUGUGUUCCACCUGCAAUGAGGUGUUCCCUUCCUCCAAGAAGCUGGCCUGGCACAAGGAGACCCACGAACGUUGGCCCAAGAAAUGCCAGCACUGUGGCGAGUGCUUUGUGCACCAGUCGAGCCUCACUAAGCACAUCCGACAGAAGCACGACCCCCAUCACCAGACAUCUGAUGGCAAGACAGAGAACAAUGCCACCUGCCCUGUUUGUCGUAAAGUGUUCAAGAAGUCGUCACUAGUCUUGCACCUCCGCACCCACACUGGCAUCAAGCCCUUCCAGUGCAACAUCUGCAACAGGAGCUUUGCUGUCAAGUGUAAUCUGGAGGCCCACAAAUGGGUGCACAUGGGAGUAAGGGAUCGCCCUCACAAAUGCAAGAUGUGUGAGCGCAGCUUCCACCGGCAAAAGGACCUGGAUGCACAUAUUCGCAGCCAUAAGAAUAUCCGGCCCUUCACCUGCAAUGAGUGUGGUAAGUCCUUCAUUCAUAAAAAUAACUUGCAGCUGCAUGUGCGUGAGCACUCCGGUGAGAAGCAGCAUAAGUGCAUGUUUUGUGGCAAGGCAUUCUUCAGAAAAUAUAACCUUGACAACCAUGUCCGUAUCCACACAGGGGAGAUGCCCUACGAGUGCACUAUUUGUCGUAAAGAUUUUACCCAGAAAAGUAAUUACAACGUACAUAUGAAGGCAUUCCACAUUGAAAGGCAUGCUGUUAAUGAAGAAUUGUAAAGUUAGGAAUAAUUAUUGUACAAAUAUCUAGUUGCUUUUUAUAAAUUUUUAUUGAAAUGGAAGUAAGAGAGCACCUUAAGUAAAUGCCAGGUUUUAAAUGCUUUAUUUUUCUAAAAAUAUAUAAUUUCAUUAUAGUCUUUUAAAAUGUUGGCAUGAUUGAAGAGUCAUGGAGUGGAGUCAUUCAUCUGAGUGAUGGUUUAAGUGAGUUGGCUUAGUAAGACUUGGCUUAAGAAUUAAUACUCAACACAUUGGUCAAUAUGCAUGAAUUUAAGCACAAGUCUACUUCAGCAGCAGAUGGUAUGGUCAAAUUGACAAGCUAUUAGAAUUUAAAGCUAACCACCAUACUGCUGGAUAUCUCCUAUGACCACAUCACAUUAAACUGUAUUUUUUAUCAUUCUAAAUUUCGAGACCUGUUACAAGUGAAAUAACAUAUUCCAUUCUAUUUGAAUAUUAUCAUCAGAAAUGAAUCGCUGCACAUAGAAAGGGAGUCCCGUGGCACCCCUGGCCAAAACUUUUAUUGCAUAUACAGUAAACCCUCACUUUAAUGAAUAACUUAGGGGCAAGGGCGUAACAUUAAAUCCGAAAAUCCUUUAUAACCGAGGGAUCUGAACUUUUGGUAUUUAACAAACUGUAUGAGCCAAAAGAUUGCUAAUUCUGAUAAUUUCCUCGCAUAUGUAACAAAGCUUGUUCGUUAUAUUAAAUGAAAGUUUGUACACUUCACUGCAUGCAGUCAUCACAAUUACUACACCCAUAAUUCUUGAUUAUUUGAUGACUACAAAACAUAAAACUAUAUGUUUGUUUUGUACCAAUUAAGAGCUUCAUUUGAAAAAAAAAUCUAAACUUGAAAAAUUAGUUAUUCAUUUUUGGGAGUAGCCUAAAUUUGAAGUCCCCCCCCUCCCCCCCCCUCCGCGUGGCUCCUGUUUUACGUGCAGUGCUUCAGAUAUGAAGGCAUAUUAAGCGAGAUGGUCACUUUUCACGGCCAUCAAAAAUCCAUAUACCAGGACACCCUAGGGUUGGUGGCCUUGUUUUGGGCACAGUGUCCCAGGCAUUGGUGUCUCCACAGCCAUGCCUAACUAUGAGUGGUGGUGUGAUUUUAUCAGUCUUUCACCAUGGGAAGUAUGCUGAUGUAAUUUUGAACACAGUUUCUAGGAUUUUUUUAGUCAUGUAUUAUUCCAGUAAUCCAUCAGAAUGUUUUAAGCCAAUUGCAGGCCUCUUUUAUUUGAUUGCCCAGGGUUUUAGGUCAUCAGUAAGCACCUUUUUUUAUGCCUUAAGAAGCAAAUGCACAGAUAGUGGACUCUUGACUGUUGUACACAUGGUGAGGCAGCCUUGUUCCUCCCCACACAUGCUUGACUCCACGAGGGCUUAUAUCUGGUGGCAAGUUAGGAUGGUUACAAGUUCUACAUUAAGGUGUUUAUUACUUCCGAGGUAUUUUUGUUGAUUUAUCCAAUAUUUAUUGAAUUUAUUUAUUAUAUCAUGUAACAGUAAUUAUCAAGGGCCACUACAAGGACAAAAGGCAAAAUCAGCCAUGAAGUUGUGAAAGGAAGUGGAAAUUAUUUUUUCAGAGCUCCACAGAUUCUUUGAAAGACCUCUAAUUGUAUCCAUCGGUGUGACCUCUGAGUGCCUGUUGCCCUUGUAAGGGUGUGUGGCCAACAGGGGCCAGGAUGUGUAUGUAGGUUUAGCUUGAGGUGUGGCUGUUUGUGUUGGGAUGAGGGUCCCAGCACAAGCGAUGGCCACACUGCACCCAAGACUCGCCGUUGAAGGCCCACUUUGUUUUGUGAGGCAAAUGGCAAUACAGUGUGAUGUAGAUAGUGAGCUGAUAGGAGUUUUUUACUGUGUGUAAUUUUUAAGCUACAAAUUUUUGUAUUGUGUAAUUAUAAUUUCCUCAAAUUCUCUCUCUCUCUCUCUCUCUCUCUCUCUCUCUCUCUCUCUCUCUCUCUCUCUCUCCAUGAGGGGAGGGUUUACACUUACCUUCUAUUAGAGCCAUUAGGUUUGGAAGACUUGAGUGAAGCAGUGGGUAAUUCCUGACCAAAAAUGUCUCCCUAGUAUAUUCCCCUCCCCCUACCGUUGGGUAGUGAAUAGGAUGCCAUGCGGCCACCCCGAUGACUAAUCAUAAAGCCUCUAGUAACACCUUUAUCUACAGUCAAAAUGAAAGAUAAGCUACUUAUAAGAUUUUAAGUUUCCAUGCACAUGGCCUAAGAAAAAAUAUUGAAGAAUUGAGAUGCCUCCCCCCCCCCAAAUGUUUUUCAUAUAACUUCAGAUAGGAGUACCUCCCUAAAGCAAGAAAGUGUCAACCAGGCAGCUGAAAAACCCAUUUUCUAUCGCAGUGGUUUCCUUAAGCAUUCAUCUUUCAAUCCACAUACUUUCCAGUGGCUCAUCUGUUUACAUUUGGCUGUAAAAGCCUCAGCAACAAGAUUGAGGGGAAAUACUGUGAGGCUGGCUUCACCAGAGAGUAAUGUAUCAUCCAUGUCAUAUAUAUAUAUAUAUAUAUAUAUAUAUAUAUAUAUAUAUAUAUAUAUAUAUAUAUAUAUAUAUAUAUAUAUAUAUAUAUAUAUAUAUAUAUAUAUAUAUAUGCAAACAUCAUAAGUACCAUACAUUCAACAUGCAUUUUAUGGUUAAGUAAGCAUACAGAACAUUUGUAAUGUUUGUGUGCAUACAUAUGCAUUCAUGGAUGCAUACAUACUGUACAUGCAUAUGAUGUAUGUUAGUACAUACAUACAAUCAUAGUAUAAAAAACACAUGCAUAGCCUACAUGCAUUCCAGGCUAAAUAAAACUUUCUGCAUGAAAACAUCUUGUUAUAAUAUAUGACUUUUAUAAUAUGCAGACACUGACUACAAUUUUAACUGUUCCUGUAUAACAAAGAUGGGAUGGUUUGACUUCCAGGCAAAAAAAAAAAAAAAAAAAAAAAAAGGCAAGCAGACAUAUAGGCAUUGAGUUAUUAAAUAGUGAAGUUCAUAUAUUUUCAAUCGUGAUUUUUCUCUUUUAAAAAAAGAAAGCAUUAUAGCUUUAGGCAGGUCCUCAUCUUCAUUGACACCUCAAAUAUUUAUUUAAUUUCCAUAUAUAAUAUAGAUGACUGUAGUUUUCAGCAACGAUUGUAUUUCUCAGAAGGGUGGAGGAGUCCCCUCUAUGUUAAAAGUUGUUUACAGCUUAUUGAUAGCACCAAGAUACAGUAAUAUGUAAUCUCUGCAUGUGUUUAGACACUGAAGUAUUUUAAAAUCAAUAUAUCUGUUACAUACAGACUGUGGAACAGUUGUGUGUGGAUCUUGAAAUGUAGUGUUUCGAACAGAACAGUUUGUCACUGAAGAUUUUAAUAUUCCUUGCUUAAACAGAACUUCACACUUUGGUACUGAAGGAGAAUCACGUGGAAUGCUCAGAUUUUUAGUAGAUAAUUAAGUCAAAUGGUUACAGAACCAACAUGACAACAUAACACACUGAACUUUGUUAUAGUGACUCAGGGUAAUCUAGUCAGUAACAUUAUGUAGAAGAAUGAAUACCUUGGUUCUUGCAAUCACAGAUUGGUAUGCGUUGACAUUAACUACAUUAACUAACUAACGGGGAGUAUAUUCCAAAAGGCAUGUUGCUUCAUUCACCCACAAUCUCCACCAGACAGUCAACAUGGGCAAGCCUACACACCGCUGCCCUUCCUAUUCUAAACCCCUUAAAGGAUCAGUCACCUUGCCCUAGCCGUAAAUUAUGUGGGCAUCCUUUUGGUGUCUUACACUCAGGGUUGUCUCAUACAGAAACAAUCCUAUGAGCAGGAUUAACAUCCAGGAAGCAUGCCACAUGCCCAUAUGGCCAGAGCUGGUGUUCACAGACUGAACUGGUAACAAACAGACUGAUUCAGUUUUAUGAAAUAGUCGUUAGUUUGACACAAAGCCAUUCCAGUGAUCAUCUUGAUCCUUACCAUCAGCAACACCAGUGAUCACAAUAUCAUUAAUGAAAAUCACAGUUCAUGCUCUGCUCAGUUUUGAAAUCUGAAACUACAAGUGAAACUUUGAAUGAGAUUUAGCUUGUAGCUACAACACAGCACAAUUUUUGCAAUAAAUUCACUCAAAUACUUUUGUAGCGUUUUUUCAGUGAAAAAAAUUAUACUUGAUUCAGAAGUGAUUAAAAAGUGUGUCUGAAAUAGACUGCUCAAGUCUUCAUAAUUUUGUCUCAUUAGACAUUCAUACAGUCCUUUACCAUGACUGCUAUUCAAACACCCAAAGCUAAGAAUCUAACAUGCUGUUUUAUCACACGAGAGAAAGAUGGGAACUGGAAUAAACGUGUCAAGCUUGCUGUCAAUAUCGCCUGUUUAUACUAUACUAGAAUGAUUUUGGUCUUGGUUGGGAGUCUGUCAUAGUGAAGAAGGCUCAACUUUUCCCUAAUGUUUUGAUGUCCUCCUCAUCAAACAUAUGCAAAGUGACUGGAUGAUGAAACUGGUGCAACUGGUGUUAGUUGAUAAAUAGAUCCAUGGGGUCAAGACUGCUAAAUAAUUUACACCCCGGUAUUUGUUUUUCAUCCUAAUAGGCACUCCACAUUUUUUUGCAAUAAAUUUCCUGUAGUGCUUUCAUAGCUAUAUUCUGGUGAAAAACUAUGCCGACAUUAAAAACAUCAUACUUAAUUCAGAAAAUAAGUCAAUGCCUAAAAUAGACCACUCAGGUCUAUGUAUAUCUUGAUUUGGCCCUAUUAUAUAUUAUUUUCAUUGGCUACAAUGUUCAGCCAGCUCCUUGCUCUAAUUUUGUGGUCUAUAUUGUGAGUUUCUUCCUUUCAUAAUAUUCCCUAAAAUGGCUGUAACAUCUCAUCAUAUUCUCCAUUGAGUAACUCUGCCUGCGAGUGAAUAAUUGAAUGAUUCAAGUACUUAUGUCUAUGAAUGUGGAUGAAUCCAAAUUGAUGUGAACGAGGAAUAAUGGUGAAAAAUUAAGUGUUAGCAAAUAAAGUCAGACUACAACAAAUUCUUUUCACUAAUGUAUGAGAACAGAAAAAGCACCUACCUUCAUCAGUUCAAAGCAAUAAAUGAUUACUUAAAAAAGCAAAUUCAACCACCACUUCCUCCAACUUAAGAUUUGCUAAGUCAAAGAUUCAACGUCUUGGUGGCCGCUUGGUUUCAUUUCACUCAGGUGUAAGGACAGACCACCUAGUCUGGACCAUAGUCUCUCUCUCUCUCUCUCUCUCUCUCUCUCUCUCUCUCUCUCUCUCUCUCUCAGCUUGCAUGAUUGAUUAUUGUUGUGGAUGAAUUGUGUGUGUAUCUCUUUGUAUGAUUUACUCGAAUUUGUCACAGGUUCAACAAUUUUUUAUUUAAUUUACAGUGUACACUAUUAGGAGCCCUUCUAUCUUUCUCUCAGCUUCUCCUAUCAGUCCUCAUAUUUUAACUUUUCAUUCUACACACUUGAGUCCUCGCAGGGAAUGAGUUUGUCAACCUUUUGGUGGCCCGCUUGCUGCUGAUGCUGAUGCUCAUGUGGUCACCAUUUACAGACAAUCUGCACUGAUGGGUUGGCAGUACACAGCUAUGACACAGAUUUGUUUCUGUUGUGGCCAUAUUUUUUUUCCUUGGAGUCUCAUCUAAAUCUUAGUGGAAUUUAUUUUUAUUUUAUUUUAUUAAUUUGUGAUUGAUUCUUCCUUUUAAUUUUAAUUUCAUCUUUAUGAAGAAUGUUGAUGUAAAGCUUGAUGUAAAGGUGAGCAGCAGCAACACAAGCAGCAGCAAGCAGGUUAAGGUUGAGGAAGACUUGUUAAGGCUGACUCCUCCCUCGACCCUAAGGUGGGGCCCAGAGAGAUGUUGGAUGUUAGUUGAUUGGAGGCCACUACUGGAAGGCCAUGAUUUCCAGUUCCUUCCACAAAGGUGCAAAUUGCAAUAGAGUACAUAUGUAAAUAUUCUCUUGAGAAACAUUUGAGGGCCCGGUACCAUGGUGAAAGUGAGAGGAUGCGUUUUAUAAAAACAAAAAAAAAAUACUAUACACUAUAGCAAACUACAUGAUAAGAUUACUUCUGUUUUUCUUGUGUUAUUGGUUUUAUAAAUCGUAUGUUGUUGAUUUGCAUGGAAGCCAUUUCUCAAAUCAUGCAGCGCUUUCAGAGACUAUGCGACUGAGGCGUUAGUGCAAUAUAGAGACAAGAGUGUACCUGGAGUCACAGUGAGGGUGAGGCAUGUGUGCUGCCAUGAGUGUCGUAGCAUUUAAGUGCGAGCAUCUCCUUACCAAAUGGUUGGUUCCUCGCGUGAAACUGCCACAUAACGUAUUUAUUUAGUUUACCUGAUAUCCCUCUCCCACUCUACUCCCAUCUCCCUUCUCUCCCAGUCCUUCCCUCCCUCAUUCCAUGCUUCCUGUGCCCGUCGAGUAAUGUACGUCUGAUUCAUAACAAUAUUCUCGUGUGACUCGACAAUAUCUGCUGCACUGGGGACCUCAGAAGAGCAGUUCUGGUGGCAUGUUCCUCAACUCUCAUUGCAGAUCAGAUCCCCGUGACCUCUCAGACCCCCGAACCUUUGUGCCAAGCACUGCCCUAGCAUAAGAUACAAGUGUACUGGUAAUAGAAAGGAAAGAAAAUGGAGUGACAUUCUGAAAGGAAAAAUAAAAAGGGGACUUGUGCAUAAAUGGAAAAUACAUUAGCUGUGUUAUAGAAACCAGAACUUUGAGAGUUGAAUAGUGUUUGGUCUAUGAAGUUUUUAGUGCCAAAAAUGAAUGCCAGCAGUUCUUUCCCCAAGUGAUUAAGGAAAGAAAUUGACAGAUCAAAGAGUGCACUCUGAAAGGAUUGAUUACAUGAUUUGUUGGGGCCCAUGGCUUGGGGAGGGGGUCCAAUUUGAGGCUUGUGGCUUUUUUAUUUUUUUAUUUUUUUUAUUUUUAUUUUUUUUUUAUUUUUUUUAAUGAGUAGAUGCUUUUCUGUCUGUAGGAAUAAUGGACUAGCCUAUAAGCUUUUUUAUACUCACAGUAUUGAUUGAAUGGUCAUGUGUCUGUUUCCAUGUAUGGUACGACCGCACUCCAUCCAAAGUGUGGGGUGCUCCAUGGGAAGGAAACCUGUAAAUGUUAAACCAUCAACUAUUAUUAUUUUUAUUAUUAUUAUUAUUAUUAUUAUUAUUAUUAUUAUUAUUAUCAUCAUCAUCAUCAUUAUCAUCAUCACCAUGGUAAGUUGUUUAAUGUGUACUUGUAUGGUCUCUAGGAGCAAGCAAGACACAGAUUAACCUAUACCAAAACGGGCAUGAUUUCAGCUUAUCAACUAUUGCGAUUUAUCUGUUUACUUUUUUAUUGAUCAUACUUUCAGUUUGUUUUUGUCCCAGUUGAGUCAUUUGGUUCAGGACUAGCAGUGUUUGAUGCACACCACCAUUUUUGUUUGGUCAGAAGAGAGGAAAGAAAAAAAGCCACGUUUUGUUGUGAGGGUGAUCCUGCUUUCAUCGUAAGUGUUGAUUGUUACUUUAUGAUAAUCUCACCUUUAUGUUUUUACCUCACUCCUUCCCAUCCAUCCAACCCUCCCCUUAACUUGCCCUGUCACCUCUCCAUACAUGGACUCAAAACCUUGUGUAUUUCGCCUCUGUCGAGUUUGUUUAUUUGCAAGUGUUUCUAAUUCAUCUGCCUACCUGCCUACCUAUUUCCAUCACUCCUUUCCUUUCUCCCUUUACCUUGACCUCUUCAUCCUUCCCCCAGGCCCUUCCUCCUCCCACCCUCUGCUGUAACUCCACCUGUGUUUUGUUAUGUAGGAUGUAUGUUACCAGUCUUAGGGCUACUUAAAUGUGUAGCUUUAUUUAUAACCUUGUAAGCUUUAAAUUUAAUGUAUGCUUGUCAUGAAAUAGUGUGAAAGUUUUAUGUAACCAAGUAGGUAGAAAUUAUAGUUUAAGAAAUUGUG